AUGUCCGAUGAUGCAGCACAUAUUUCUCGUCCAAUACGUCCAGUAAAAGCUGCAACAAAUUCAGCUGAAUGGCGUCGUUAUAAAGACCAUCUUCGUGCAUGGAAAAAUGCUCGAUUAGAAAAGCAACUCGAUAAUAUACAAGCUGAAGAAUUAUCAGAACAGCAACCAUCUACAUCAUCAAUUACUACUUCACAAACUAUCAAAGGUCGUUCAUAUACAUUAUCAAUAGCAUUACCGGCUUCCAUAUUACGAAAUGCUCAAUCCAAUGAAUUACGAACUUAUUUAGCUGGACAAAUUGGUCGAGCAGCAUGUGUUUUUAAUAUUGAUGAAAUCAUUAUUUUUAAUGAUGAUGAUCAAGAUGAAACAAGUCAAGAAAUUGAUCAUAAUCCAUUCAGUGCAAGUGAACAACUUAUUCGACUUCUUGAAUAUCUUGAAUGUCCACAAUAUCUUCGUAAACAAUUUUUUCCUCGACAAAAACUACUUGAAUAUGCUGGAUUACUAAAUCCAUUGGAUGCACCACAUCAUGUACGUACCAAUGAAUAUUGGUUUUAUCGUGAAGGUGUAACAUUACCAUUGAGACCUGCUGAAGGUAAAGGUUCAUGGGUUGAUGUUGGUCUUUAUGAAACGAAAAUACAAAUUGAUAAACGUUUACAACAAGGUCUUCGUGUUACGGUACAACGAACUGAUAUAACACAAGAAGAAUAUUUUCAAACAAAAGAAACAUUAAACGAAAAUCCAAACAUAAAUAAGAAAAAACGAAUUACUGGUGAAAUUGUUAGUCCAAGUACACCUCGUUUACAAUCUGGCAUGUAUUGGGGAUAUCAAGUACGAAAAGCUGAAUCAAUUCGAACAAUUAUUGAAAAUUGUCCAUUUGAUGAUAAUAAUAAUAAUAAUAGUCAUUAUCAUCAUGAACCAAAAUAUGAUCUUGUUAUCGGAACAUCUGAACGUGGUAUAGCAUAUAAUGAAAUUACUGAAUUUCCUCGUUUUCGACAUGGUUUAAUUGUAUUUGGUGGUUUACAAGGACUUGAAAAAGCUUUUGAACACGAACAAGAUCAUGCAACAGCGGAUAAAUUAUUUAAUUACUAUAUAAAUACAUGUCCACAACAAGGAAGUCGAACAAUUCGUACAGAAGAAGCUAUUCUUAUCACUCUUUCUUGUUUAAGAGAAAAGUUAUUGGCAGCAGCAAUUAAUUAA